UUAUUAUUUUUUAGCUCUGUAAGCACAAGCUAUAUUUGCUAGCAUGGGCUAUUGGGCUAUACUGUCACCUUUUAGUGUUUUGUUUUUCCAUAACUGCUAAAUAAUUUGUUCUGUUAUGUUGCGCUUACUACUUUUUUGAUUCGUUGAACUUCGCUUGUUCCCAUCUUUCCAACAGCGCGUGAACGCAGCAGCAGAAGCCCAUCUGUUGGAUAGGGAAACUAAUCAGGAGCCAAGUAAAGACUUUUCAGUACUGCUAGCUUCUAGGCUAGCAAGGUUUUAAAGUCUGCCGUCCACACGACUAAGGGAUAGGACUUUGUUAAUGAAGUACAGCGCCUUCGCUGCAUGAGAAACAACAUUCGAGCGAUGUUUUAGGAGCACAGUUUUGUUGUUGCCGCGAAAGUAGAAGGUGGGUAGCCUCUGGUCAGCCGAAGCUUGCGGCUAGCUCAUUAACGUUAGCUGGGAAAGAAGUGCAAGUGGAAUCGGGAAAAUGGAGCUGGACGACGUAGUCCUGUAUCAGGACGACUCGGGCAACUCGACCAUGAUGUCUGAGCGGGUCUCAGGUCUGGCCAGUUCAAUAUACAGGGAGUUUGAACGGCUCAUAGAAAAAUACGACGAGGAUGUGGUAAAGGAGCUGAUGCCGCUGGUCGUCGCAGUGCUGGAGAACUUGGACUCGGUGUUCGCUGUCAACCAGGAGCACGAAGUGGAGCUGGAGCUGCUGAAGGAGGACAACGAGCAGCUCGUUACCCAGUAUGAGCGAGAGAAGGCACUGAGAAAACACACAGAAGAGAGGUACAUCGCCUUGGAAGACUCCCAGGAUGGCGAGAAGAAGGAUCUCCAGUGUCGACUGGUGACGUUGGAAUCUCACACACGGCAGCUAGAGCUAAAAACUAGAAACUAUGCAGAUCAGAUUAGCAGAUUGGAGGAGAGAGAAGCAGAGCUCAAAAAAGAGUACAAUGCCCUUCAUCAGAGACACACUGAGAUGAUCCACAGCUACAUGGAGCAUCUGGAGCGGACUAAACACCAACAUGCAGCGAUGACAGCAGAGCCCUCAGAUACAGGAACAUCAGUCAGGACACGGAAGGAGCGUCCAGUCUCCAUGGGCCUGUUCCAACUUCCUGCAGCUGAAGGCAUGACCCCUGACCUCCACAGAGAACCCGUGGACACCCCAUCUGAACCAUGGAGAUUCAACAACCUUAGCCAUCCACGGUCUAACACCAGCCUCAAGCUUGAAGAACUGUUUUCUCCAGUCACAGUGGAAGGUGAAAGUUCACCACAGAAUGUUCCCAAUGUGGAUGUUGAUCAGGACCAGGAUGAACUGUCCCAACUGAACUGUGGGAGUUCCAGGUCCAACACGCAAACCAACCAGGGAAGCGUCUCUAAAAACGGAACACCUGUGUCUUUACAAGAUGGAGGGUCCAAAUCCACCACUCCCUCGCUGGGGGGUGCCUCUAAAUCAAACACCCCCACAUCUAACUACAGCAAUAAUUCUCAGUCCACCACACCACUGUCUCCUUUUGAUGGUGGUUCCACUGGCAUGAGUCCCAUGUCUAGUCUUGGGAGAGGGUCUGCUUCUGAUGUUGCCAUGGAGUCUGUGGACACCCCCUUAAAGGACCAGGAAACUUCAGAUGGCCACAACAAAAACCUGGACCGGAGCAGUGGAAAGCCAGAGAGCAAUAAGAACAUAGCAGCGGUGCAGGAAGGACAGCAGAAGGGUCCUGAGUCUGAUACUACACCUCUUAAAGAGGAUGAUGGAGCAGAUAGCCUGGAGAAGUCUGAGGUGCAGGCUAUCAUAGAGUCCACCCCUGAGCUGGACAUGGACCUCGCUGGCUGCAGAGGAACAAGCACACCAACUAAAGGUGGCGUAGAGAAUCUAGCAUUCGACCGCAACACCGACUCUCUGUUUGAGGAGCUGUCGUCUGCAGGAAAUGACCUCAUAGGAGAUGUGGAUGAAGGAGCUGACCUGCUGGGUAUGGGGCGAGAAGUUGAACACCUUAUCCAUGAGAACACCCAGCUGCUAGAGACCAAAAAUGCUUUGAAUGUGGUGAAGAAUGACCUGAUAUCUCGUGUGGAUGAGCUGUCGUGUGAGAAGGAGGUACUGCAAGGAGAGCUGAAUGCUGUCACACAUGCUAAGACCAAACUGGAGGAAAAAAACAAAGAAUUAGAGGAAGAACUUAAAAAAGUUCGAGCAGAGCUGGACGAAGCCAAACAGAAGGUCAAGAAUGACAAUGAGGAUGAUAGUGAUGUGCCUACAGCACAGAGGAAGCGCUUCACCAGGGUGGAGAUGGCCAGAGUGCUGAUGGAGAGGAACCAGUACAAGGAGAGACUCAUGGAGCUGCAGGAGGCCGUCAGAUGGACGGAGAUGAUCCGGGCUUCAAAGGAGAACCCAACUCUUCCAGAGAAAAAGAAGUCCAGCCUCUGGCAGUUGAUUUUCAGCCGUUUGUUCAGCUCGUCGGGCGGAGGAGCCAAGAAGCCGGCAGCGGAGGCCCCAGUAAACGUCAAGUACAACGCACCCACCUCUCAGAUUCAGCCGUCCGUCAAGAAGAAGAGCAGCACCCUGCAGCAGCUGCCCAGUGACAAGAGCAAAGCCUUUGACUUCCUCAAUGAGGAAGCGCCAGCUGAUAGUGUGGUAUCCAGGCGAGAACAGAAGAGGGCUCAAUACCAGCAGGUCAAAGCCCACGUCCAGAAGGAGGAUGGCAGACUGCAGGCGUACGGCUGGAGCCUCCCUAAGAAGUACAAAGCUAACGGUGGUCAGGCAGAGAGCAAGAUGAAGAGUCUACCUGUUCCUGUCUUCCUCAGACCGCUAGAUGAGAAAGAUGCUUCUAUGAAGCUGUGGUGUGCUACCUGUGUGAAUCUUUCUGGAGGUAAAACCAGAGAUGGAGGUUCAAUAGUCGGGGCCAGUGUGUUUUAUAGUGACGUGUCAGGACCAGAGAGCCCGAAAAAGGUGGUUGGAUCUCAGAGCAGUCUGGAUAAGCUGGAUCAAGAACUCAGGGACCAGCAGAAAGAGCAGCGGCACCAGGAGGAGUUGUCGUCACUCGUGUGGAUUUGCACCACCACCAAGUCUACUACUAAAGCUGUCGUCAUUGAUGCCAACCAGCCUGGGAACAUCCUGGAGGGCUUCUUUGUUUGUAACUCUCACAUCCUCUGCAUCGCAAGCGUGCCAGGUGCGAGAGAGACAGACUACCCAGCUGGAGAAGAAGUGCCUCCAAACUCUGAGGUGGGACCGGUGGGAGAUGGCAACUCUUCAGCAACCAGUACCAGCUCAACAGGUGGCGACAGCGUGCUGGGAGGCAUCACAGUGGUGGGCUGUGAAGCUGAGGGAGUAACAGCUGUUCCUCAGACAGCAGGAAAAGAUGGAGAAGCCGAAUCCAGACCAGCGGAAGAAGCCACAGAGGCGACAGAGACCAGUGCAGAAUCUGCUGACCAACGAGAAAGCCUGCGGGAAAUCUACACUGAGCACGUCUUCACAGAUCCACUGGGAGCACAGCACAAAGUAGAGACGCCAGCCAACUACUCUCAGAGGGAGAGCGAUCUGCUGAAGGAUGGCGUGAGCUUGAACCCCAGCGCAGAGGAGCAGGACCUGAUGAGAGAAGAGGCUCAGAAAAUGAGCAGUGUUCUUCCCACUAUGUGGCUGGGCGCACAGAAUGGAUAUGUGUACGUGCACUCCUCCGUGGCUCAGUGGAAGAAGUGUCUUCACUCUAUAAAGCUGAAGGACUCUGUGCUCGGCAUAGUACACGUGAAAGGGCGUGUGCUAGUCGGCCUCUCUGAUGGCACGUUAGCCAUUUUCCACAGAGGUGUAGAUGGACAGUGGGACCUGACAAACUACCAUCUGUUAGACUUGGGGAGGCCUCACCACUCCAUCCGCUGCAUGACAGUAGUGCAUGAUAAGGUGUGGUGUGGCUUCAGGAACAAGAUCUAUGUGGUGCAACCUAAAGCCAUGAAGAUAGAGAAAUCAUUUGAUGCCCACCCUCGUAAGGACAGUCAGGUACGUCUGCUGGCCUGGGACGGCGACGGUAUCUGGGUGUCCAUCAGACUCGACUCCACCCUCAGGCUGUUCCACGCUCACACCUACCAGCACCUCCAGGAUGUCGACAUCGAGCCCUAUGUCAGCAAAAUGUUGGGCACGGGCAAACUGGGCUUCUCAUUUGUCAGAAUCACGGCUCUGAUGGUGUCGUGUAACCGUCUGUGGAUCGGAACUGGCAAUGGCGUUAUCAUCUCCAUUCCUCUGACGGAGGCAGCCAGCAAGGUUACCAAGGCAGCAGGUAACCAACCAGGAAGUGCAGUCCGUGUUUAUGGUGACGACAGUGGCGACAAAGUCACAGCAGGGACGUUUGUUCCAUACUGCUCCAUGGCUCACGCUCAGCUCUCUUUCCAUGGUCACCGUGAUGCUGUCAAGUUCUUCACAGCUGUUCCAGGUCACGCAGCUGCAUCUGCAUCGUGUGCAGGAGAAGCAGCUGGCGACAAGGCGGCAGAUGCCACAACUCAGGAAGGAACUAAGUGUAUGCUGGUGAUGAGCGGAGGCGAAGGCUACAUCGACUUCAGAAUGGGCGAUGAGGACGGAGAGAUGGAGGAGGCGGAGGACGCCCCCAUCAAACUUCAGCCUAAAGCCGAGCGCAGCCACCUUAUCGUUUGGCAGGUGACUCAGGACUGAGCUCUCGAGGCCUGAUUUGCCUUUUCUCUCAAACCACGGAGUCGUCGAGGUGGGCGAGGCUUCUCUAUGAGUUUAAUCAGCACUUUCUUUUCUUCCUCAGUCCUGGACAGAAAGAGUAAAACAAGCAAAAACUGCUCUGAGCUCCUCCUCAACGUUAACCUUGAUGCAUGUUGUUUUAUUAUUGUUUUCUUUCUUUUUCUUUUUAAUUUCAUGGAUUUGAAAUGUAAUCUGUUAUAAUGCCUCUUUUAGUAUUAUUUAAUGUAAAGCGGUUGUUGAGGACAGAAGAAUUACUUUUGAUUUGUUGUAUUUGACAUUUCCAGGUUCCCUUCAUUCAGUCCAGUUACUGUGUGCCCAUGCUGGACUUGGCAUAUGUAAAAUCGGUCAAUGAAGACACAACAGAAAGUGGCCACAUAAUAGUGUAAAAUGGAAAGCCUUCAUUUGAUAACUUUGCUUUUGAAAGUCUUUAGGUCAAAUGCAAUACACCACAUAUCAAGCUGGUUUGUGUCUGUUUUGUUUAUCUAUCCUAAUAAUCAAUUUGCAGUAAUGGUAGCCCAGUUUGUGCCUCGUGUGUUGCCGCUACAUUCAGGCCACAGAUCUGCACCACGCUGCAGAACUGAGCCCUGGAAAAAAAGAGCCCACGUGGAAGCACCAAAGAUUGUAGUUCUUCUAAUGGCCACUAGAGGUGCCACAGACUUCCAUGUUAUUAUUCCCAACUUCACCCAUGAGAAUAACUUCGAAGCCUGUACAGCUAAUUAGUCCGUUCAACACAAACACAUACAAUCAGUGUUUCUUUGUUUGUUGUUUUUUUUUAAAUAUGCAACUUAUAAUUCUGGACUCUGCUGAAUGAGGAAUGUGAGCAAUCAGGCUGCUGAGUUUUACAUUCUCAAAUUUCGAGUCACUGAAAUGAACUUCUGCAUCAUGUUUGUGCUGUUUGUCCUUCCAAUUUUAUCAAACAAAUAAUUUCAUGCUGUGAGGUACAGGCUGUUUCUGCUUUGGUUUUGGUGAAAUUCUAGCAUUUGAUUAGUCUUACUGUAGUGUCUGUAGUUACACCUGCACAAUUUAGAGAUGCAGCAGCAGUUUGCAGCAUUUGCAGCAGCAAAUGUUGCUCUAUAACAACUAUAAAAUGUCUUGUUUUGCACAGGUAUUCAUGGUCCUCUUGAAAAUGUUUCCUGGCACUUCAUGUAGUGCUGCUUCGUCUGUAUGAAUCUUGGGACAUAAUUUGAUUUUGAGAUUUUUUUUCCCCCCCUCCCAGGACGUGUCUUUAGACUCUGCAUGGUUGGGGUUGUUGUGUUUCCUGAAAAUCCGAUGCUUAGCUCUGUGACUGAACCCAGUGUUAAUGAAUGAGAGGCACAAACUGCAGCUCUAACGGAGUUGCAGUAGCAGCUACCAUUUUAACUCACUCACAGAACAUUUGAUGACAUAACAAGCAGAAGCUGCUGUGUCUGUAUAAACCUAAAGAAAGGACUUUCUUUAUGUUUACACACCACAGACUUGUACUGAAUCCAGGAUGAGGUCGAGUCCUUUGGCUCUUUGAUAUGCGUGAGGACUGAUUUAAAGGCUUUGAGUGUAACAGAGUAUUAAUUUUUUUCUCAAAACAAUGCUCUGAUUGUUACCAAAGGUUAAAGAAUAUAAAGUUUUCCACAUGCUAAAACAAUAGUUGUGUCUGGUUUAAGUGAUGGCACCUUUCUGCAGCAUGUGAGUCUGCCUCCAUGUAGAUACUGUGUGAGUUUUUCUAACAGAAUUCCUAAUGUAUAGAUGAGAUCUAUUUUUAGACUUUGAUAUGUGGGAAUAUUUUUAGGGUAUGGGAAAAGAGAAUGUGCUGCUGGACCUAAAACUGAGAGGAUAAAAAAGCCACACUGAGGAUUAUCACCCCGUGUCCCCCCCAACCACCCCCCAAAAUUCUUCUUUUUAAUAGGAGGUCAAAACUGGAACAUAUGUGUCAAUUAGCAAUAUCGCAGCCUGGCAGCAAAGCCCCGUUUGCCAUGUUCCAUAUGAACGUUUCUUUUUCAUGUCUGUCCCCACUGAGUGCAGUGUGUCAGAUGUCCACUGGAGACGGUCUCUGGCCUGCGUGUCAGCAUGCUGCACUUUUGUUUUGUUCUUUGUAUUGAACCACUAUAGCGGAGGCCUGUUCUCGUUUUGCGAGGGUGUGUGUGUGUUUGUGCGUCUUCUCUCCAGGAGAGAAGAGUAAUUAUAUUGCAAUUUAGCCAUUUCAGUAUUUAUUUACAAUGAUUGAGCCUUUGCAAUUCAGAUUGUAUCUUUGUACAUGGAAUAUGAAUAUAUAUGUAUAUGUAUAUAUAUAUAUAUGUAUAUAUAUGUAUAUAUAUGUAUAUGUAUGUGUAUAUAUGUAUGUAUGUGUAUGAAACAUGAAUGUGGCUUGGGUUUUUUGUUUAUUGUAUGACUUUACUCAGCUAUGCACCUCUGAAGCGGAGUGAGCGUGGGGUGUUUGAAAGCAGAAGCCCUGCUGCCUGUCAGCAGAUGCAUCAGUUUCCACCUCCAGCGUGGGAAAUGAAGUCAAACUGAAGUCUGGGAGGCACUGAUUGGGCGGCUCCAUCCCAUCACAGCACGACAGAGGAAACUUUGUUGUAGAGCCUUCAGCAGAGCUCCUCCACACAGCUGUGUCAUCCCUCCCCUCUGCGACUGCUUUCAUUAACUCAGCAGGGGCUCCUCCUCCAUGUUUGCAGUACAAAUAUCUUGUACGUCUGCAGCAUCUAUAGCCUUACUUAUUUUUAACAAUCAAUUAAAGCAACUUUUGUGGGCAA